ACUCAUUCGAGCCCCAGGAGGGUGAGGAGUCCGAGGGCUGCUCCAAUUCGCUGAAGUUUGUCUGUGCACUAGCACCCUGGAAUGAGCAGUCUCCAGGCCAUGAAGACCUUGUCCCUGGUCCUGCUGGUGGCCCUGCUGAGCACGGAGAGAGCUCAGGGUCUGCGCUGCUAUGGAUGGUUGGCGGUCUUGGAAGGGGCCUCCUGCAGCAUGGUCUUGUGCCCCUUCCUGGAUGGGGUCUGUGUCUCCCAGAAAGUGAGCGUCUUUGGCAGUAAAGUGAGAGGGGAGAACAAGCUCUCCCUCCUCUCCUGCCAAGACGUCGGAUUCCCCCUGCUGAAACUUACAAGUGCCGUCGUGGACUCCCAGAUCUCCUGCUGCAAGGGAGACCUCUGCAAUGCGGUGGUCCUGGCAGCCGGCAGCCCCUGGGCCCUGUGCGUACAGCUCCUGCUCAGCCUGGGGUCAGUCUUCCUCUGGGCCCUGCUGUGAGGGCCUUUCCCGCCCUCUCCCCCGAAGGCCUACCCUCUGUCCCUGUGCGUCACCAGCUGCUUGGUUUUGAACAGCUGCUUCACUGAACUGCAGGAAUUCUGGUGUGGCUUUUCAGCCAUGAGAUCAGGGGAAGGAUGUGGCCA